UCUCAGUGUAGUAGAGGGGGUUGUUCAGGUCCUCCUCCGGCACUCUGCGCUUUAGCUUUAGCUGAUAAAAUCCGUGCCUGAGCAUCAGACUCUUACUCACUCAGAAACACACACACGGAGGGUUCGGUACUUUCCUGGUGCUUCACUGAAACUUACACAUCGGACACCUGAGCACGAGCCACACCGCUCCUGUGACUUCGGACCCCUGACUUCCGCGGUCGAUCUCUCGAGUUAAUGACCGAUCCGUUAUAGCUAGAUCUCUCGUCUGAAGGUUUCUUUCUCUCCGUGAUCUUUAACUUACAUUUUAGUCACCAUGAGGAGAUCUUGUGCUAUUUACGCCACGGGGAUUGUGUGCGCUCAUCUGCUCAUAGUGGGAAUCGCCCUGAUGGUGGCUCAAGUCUUCCAGACAAUGAUUCACGAAAGGAUCAAAAAGGAAAUCACCCUGGCUAAGAACAGUCGAGUGCUGGAUGGCUGGAUAAAUCCUCCACCUCCAGUUUACAUGCAGUAUUUCUUCUUCAACGUUACUAACCCUCAAGAGUUCUUGGCUGGCGUGGCAAAGCCUCAUGUCACACAAAUGGGACCUUAUACAUACAGGGAAUACAGACCAAGAGAGAACGUGACGUACUUAGAAAAUGGCACCAAGAUCUUCGCCACGAAUCCCAAGAGCUUCGUCUUUCUUCCGGAAAUGUCUGUCGGAGACCCCAAGGUGGACCUCUUGACCACUCCCAACAUCCCGGUCAUUGCCGUCAUGAACGAAAUGCACUCCUACUCUUUUUACAUCCGCCCGCUGAUCUCUAUGUGGAUGAACUCACUGGGUGUUGACCUGUUCAUGACACGCACUGUGCACGAGUUUCUGUGGGGUUUCAAGGAUCCACUGAUGAGCAAACUUCAUGCCCUGAAGCCUGAAGUGGAUGAAUACUUUGGCCUCAUGUACAAGAAAAAUGGAACCCAUGAAGGCGAAUUUGUCUUCCACACCGGAGAGCAGAACUACCUGGACUAUGGCAAGAUUGACACCUGGAACGGAAUAAGUAAGAUGACCUGGUGGUCAUCUGAGCAGAGCAACAUGAUUAACGGCACAGACGGCAGCGUGUUCCACACAUUCCUGUCCAGAGACGAGCUGCUCUACAUCUUCGCCGCGGAUCUAUGCAGGUCGAUCCAUCUGGGAUACGUGACCGAUACAGAGGUGAAGGGAAUUCCAGCAUUCCGCUUCGCUCCUCCUGCUGAUGUCCUAGCUGCACCAAAUGAGAAUCCUGCCAACGCUGGCUUCUGCGUGCCUGCUGGAGACUGCCUGAGUAAAGGAGUGCUUAAAGUCAGCGUGUGUCGUGAAGGAGCACCCAUAGUUGUAUCAUUCCCACAUUUCUACCAAGCUGAUGAAAAGUACAUCAAUGCCAUCGAAGGCAUGAAUCCGAACAAGGAGGAGCAUGAAACAUACCUCGACCUUAACCCGACGACUGGGGUCCCUAUUCGUGCCUGUAAGAGAGCCCAGCUCAACAUUAUAAUGAAGAGAGUUCCUGGCUUCUCUCAAACACGUCUUCUGAACGAAACCAUCUUCCCCAUUAUGUAUGUCAAUGAGACGGCAACCAUCGACGACGGCUCUGCCUCCCAAAUGAAAACUCUGCUGCUGAUCAUAACAAUAGUGUCCAACUUCCCGGUCAUCAUUGUGGGUGUGGGCGCCUUAUUACUGCUCAUCUUCAUCUUCUUGUUGUGCAGGAACCGUCAGAGAAAGAAUGAAGUAAAACGUAUUGAUUUUACCGAAGCUUUUCAUUCUUUUGCUCAGACGGCGAAAGACGAUACGGCCUACACUCCGGUCAGCAACAAAUCGGACGAUUCGCCCGAAUCGCACAGCAACCAGCCUCUGAAGAACGGCUCCUACAUCGCCAUGUCUCCAGUGGAGGCCCAGAAGUGUUGAUAAAGAUCACUCCGUGGCGUUCCCGCUGAGGGGAUCCACUUGUGUGACUCUCUUUUCCCCUCUUUUCACCUUUUGAUUCUUUCCACUGUGCAGCGUGUUCAGGCAGGUCAGCUCCUAGAAACGCCAUCGAACAAGACGCAGCUUCUUUCUACAGGCGUCUCGAUGGACCACCUCUCCUGCUGACAUUUCUAUUUUGCUGUUGAAGCAUGGCCUUCUCAACCUGCCAUAUUUUCCGACACAAAAGUCUUACUACUCAAAAACACAGUGCUGUUUAUCUAGUCACUUCCUCCAGGUCUACCGAAACUGACACUAUUGUUGACUAGACACAAAGUGAACAAACUGAAAACACCUGCUCGCCUUUUGGGGACCGUAUGCCCACGUGCAUGCUCGCCAGUCUGUAAUACCUGUCUAACAUACCCUGUUUAACAUAGGGCUGUGAACAAAGUCAGAGUGUUCUGUGUGAACACAUCCAGGCUGCUAGCAGGAGCCAUCUUGAACACCAGUGUUUAGGCAUGGGCAAGUGUUUGAUCAAAAUUUAUUGCCACACUACUGUAUUGAAGUCUGUGCAGUCAGACUUUAUCUAGCUCUUUAUUUGCCAUAUCUUAACAUUUCUAAGCCAAACGUUAUUGUUUGCCACAUCAGAGUGUUUAAAAAGCUAAAGGGUUGAGUGCACUCAUGGUCGUGGGUGUGAUUGUGUGUCGGGGGAUUUGUAUGUAUGUGUAGAAAGGCAGGCAUGUUGCUGCCUGCAUAUGUGUUAAUCUCACUGCUGUGAGCUGAUUUCUGAAGAGCACUGUGCUCUCUUAAGCAUACUACAGUGCCAAGUAAUGGUCCACUAGAUUUCAGAUGUCCUUUCGAUACAUGGUAAAACAUCAUACUCUGGAUAAAUUGCCCAUAGGGUGGCAGAAUCAGUCCUUUCUCGCUCACUCCUCCAGCCUAUGCCUGAUUCAGAGGAGGGUCUCCUUGUGGAGCUGUGAAAAUGAGCUUUCCUUCCUCUUUUCCAACAGGAUAGAAAAGCAAGCUUACAAAUCGCACAAGUGAGACUUGAACCUGCUCUCUGCCUUACAUGUGUGAGUUUGCUGUGUGAAAGGGCUCCGUAAUGUAGUAGCAUGAGACCGCCUUCGAUCAAACCCAGUCUGUAGUCAAAACAUCUGCAAGUCUUCACCCAAAAAGCCCGUGUGUCCUGUUUUCAAGCAUCUAAUCUCCCAACUCGCAGAAUGCACAACUAAGAUCGACCUCCUUUACUCAGGCGCUUGUUUACAGCCUCUUAUCUCGAGUGAAAUUCAGCAGAGGGGAGUGCUGUACAUCAUGUGCACAUGUUACUUCAGUUCAACUUCUGUGAGGCAAUGGGUGAAUGACCCAUGAUACAUUUUGUUGCUGUCAAUUCUGUCCAUGAUGUUUAAAAAUGAAGCAUUUCAAAAAAUGCCACAAAAAGUCGACUUGGCAAAGGAAAAAAGUGCACUUUUUCUUUAACAAAAAAAAAAAAAAAAAAAAUAGGUCCUGCACAUUUUAUGUAUUUCAGUGCAGUGGUCCUCGCGUGCAUUUCAGAGAUGUGCCCAAAUGUCUGUUUAUCUGUGCUUUUGUUUUCUCUAUGUAUCUCUAUUUUUUCUUUGUUUUUUUUCCCCCCACUUCUGAUACAAAGUUUAGUCUUCUUAUCAUUUCUGCUAACAAAUGCUUAAAUGCUGCAGACGGAUAUAGUUUCACACACCAUAUUUCAUAAGCAUGUCUUAUGCAUUUCAGAUCAUUAUGGAGCCAAGCAAAAAAAAUUUUCUUGGUACCACCUUGAACAAAUUGUGAAUUAUCUAUUCAUAAGCUCAGAUUUGUACAUGUUAUUAUUCUACAACUUUUCUGUCAUUUGUUGCAAGACCUAUGUUUCAUCCAGCGUUGUCAAACUGUUUAGAUUUGUGUUGUAUUUUGUCGUCCCCCCCUCUUUUUCAAUUGAACUGGAAGAGAUAUGUCAUUAUGCAUACUGAGUGUUCGCACUAUAGCUUGUAAACAAACGAACUGGAACAUUUAGGUGAACACCUAUGGCCUUCUUGGUAUGCUUUUUGUAGACAGAAGUACACUAAUUUCCAACGAUGGCCUUUAGAAAAGUAUACAAAGCUGUGGACGAGUCGGCUGGUCCUCAUUACCCCGAAGUGGAACGCUCCACUUGGCCUGACUUGAAUUUUUUUUUCCAGCUCUCCGACCUGAGCCAUUUCCACACGCUACUGACUUUUGAGCCCAAAAUCUUCUCAUUGCUUCACUCAGCUGUACACUCGACCAAAGAUAACCGUAUAGAUAGACGUGUCCCUCCCAUUUGUUUGCUUUCACUGAUACAGCUGUAGUGCCAUCACUUUGCUAAUUUACAAUACUCAAGGGCAAAAGGCAAAAACAAAAAGUCAACAAAGUAUUUUCCAGAUAAUACUAAGGGAAAUUUCUACAGCGUUUGUAACAACUCUCAGCGCUGCGCAACAGAACACUCAGUAUUAUGUAUUGACCCACAGCAAUACAUUGUGUAAAGAUUUUGUAAAGCUAAAAAUGGUUUUGUAUCCAAACACAUUUCUGUAUCAUAUCGAGUGAUAUGUUAAUUAUCAGGACUUUGUAUAGUAUUACUUCUUUUGGUCCUUCCUCAUUUCUCGCCCAGGUAUUUUCCUUUUCUUUUCUUUUUUUUUCCUCUUUUCUUUCUUCCCUCCCCAUAAAUUUAUAAUGAGUGUCGUUCCACAGUUGUGAUGUUAACAGUGUGUAUAUGAAGUGCAAGUUCAGUGGCAGUGAUUUAAGAAAGACUUGUGUGUAUUUUUAUUUUUCUUUAAGAUGAGAUUUUGAGAGUAACGACCUCCAGUGCCACAAGUUUCUUAAGAAGCCACUGCACUGUUUUGUCCAAUGUGGCGUGCCAUAGGAAGGCUGAUGGUCUUUAGUUUAAAGGGGGAUUGCCUUCGUGCCAUACCAGGCACUAGAGAAUUUGAACCUUUUAUUUUUGUCCUUUAGAUGAAUGACGCCCUCCUUCACAACGAGACUCUUAUGAGUGCCAUUACAUCCAUGUUUAUUGAGUUUUAGGAAUUUACUAAAACUGUGUAGCAGAGUACUAUUUUUUUUUUUUGUCACCUGAAUUUCAGUUCACCUUCCUCAAUGUAAUGAAGGAUGAUUUUGAUGAUUUCAUAUUUGCUGCUGACAAAGACAAUCCCCACAUCAUUAAAGGUGCAACAUUAAUUUGGAAAAAAUAUUCCAUUUUAGUUUUGAAAAAUUUACACUGCACAAAUGUUUCUGCAAUACCUUUUGUAAAGAUUUUUAGUGUCCUUUGCAUAAAAUAAAGAAAGUUGCAUUUAAAGCAAAA